GCGGUGCACUAUGCGCUUCAGUAUUAGCUGAAUAUUUUUCUCCAGAUUUAGUGAAUAACGCGUUUGUCUGUGUGUCGUGUGUGUGGUCUGUAGCAGACAGACAGAGAGUGUAAGUGUGUGGUCUGUAGCAGACAGACAGAGAGUGUGUGUGUGUGGUUUGUAGCAGACAGACAGAGAGUGUGAGUGUGUGGUCUGUAGCAGACAGACAGAGAGUGUGUGUGUGUGGUUUGUAGCAGACAGACAGAGAGUGUGUGUGGUCUGUAGCAGACAGACAGAGAGUGUAAGUGUGUGGUCUGUAGCAGACAGACAGAGAGUGUGUGUGGUUUGUAGCGGAGAGAAAAUGCUUCUGUUUUGCCCAACAUGUGGAAAUGUGCUGGUUGUAGAAGAGGGUCAGAGAUGUUACAGAUUCGCCUGUAAUACGUGUCCUUAUGUUCACAACAUUACAAGGAAGGUCAACAACAGAAAGUAUCCCAAGCUGAAAGAGGUGGAUGAUGUUCUUGGGGGUUCAGCUGCCUGGGAGAACGUGGAUUCCACUGCAGAAAAAUGUCCAAAGUGUGAGCACCCAAGGGCUUAUUUCAUGCAAAUACAGACCAGAUCUGCUGAUGAGCCCAUGACUACAUUCUACAAGUGCUGUAAUCAGCAGUGUGGCCAUCGCUGGAGAGACUGAGACAGUCCCAGUGCACCGUUGUGUCCCAGCCCUGCUCCUAGAGUUGUGUGUGUGUGUGUUAGUGUGUAAAACACUUGGAUGUGCAGAACUGGGAAAGUUGUGCUAUAGACUGAUCAGAGUGUAUAUAGCUCUAUAGCUCUGUAAAGAACACAUCAUAUUCUCUUUAGGAUCUGUUUGAAAUGUACUGAGGUGAAGGCUGAUGUUUUCAAGACCCUGAAAUGUCAUUUAUUUUCUUUGUCUAAAAGUAAUUGAACUAAUUAUUUUUUAUUUAAAGACCCACACUGAACUCUUUCUUCCCAGUUGAUUUGAUUAAAAGUGACAGAACCGAUAUGAGUGCAGAAGAUACAAGUAUUUUAUUAUUAUUCUCAGAAUAAUAAUCGUACACAGUCAGUCAGUUUACAUGACAAUUCCAGUUCAGAUGUAUUAUACCACAAACUACUGGUAGUUUUAGAUCUAAAGGUCCUGGAACACAAGCUCUACAUAUAUUCAGUAUAUUCAGUCUUUCACAGCAAAAAGCCACAUUGCAAAGCGUUGUAGGCCUAUGAGGUUCAAAAGAAAGUUGCAUUAAAGGGAAUCAGCUCCAA